UGCUUAAGACAAAGACCAUGGUGCCUUGGGUGCGCUGGCCUCGGGACUCAGAUCACUUCUCGACGGCGAACAAGCAGAUUUUACUUCAGGAGCCUGUUGAGCUCAUGAUGAAGGACAACGCGGCUCAAGUGAUGCCGUUGAAGGAGAUCAUGAACAGAAUCGUAGUCGAUCGCAAGCUCCACACAGGCGAAGUGAGCGACACUCAAUUGGCCAUGGCCGAUAUGAAGGCGAACAAAAUGGGAGGACGAGUGGUGAACGGCAAGUCGUCGUUGGACUGCUCGCCGUUCUGCUGAUCCAGCCAAGGCUCAAGUCUUAUCUUUAACCCGUCGUGGUGUUAAACUACAGUAGACAAAUUUAUUUACUCGAUGAAAUGCAUACAAUGACUUUC